AUGUCAAUUACGGUGAGUUUGAAUGAAUGUAGAUGCUCUGGGCUUGCCCUGACGUAUGAACGGGAGCCUAGUUUCUGCACUCUCCCCAGGGAGCUCAGAAACGAGAUUUAUACCUUGGCGGUCGUCAAAUAUGACGAUCAGCUCGACGAUGCCGUCGAACCCGGAAUUAUAACGCUAAAGGGAUCCCACGGGUAUCACUUCACUCGAGAUGUCGGAGUAUGCCUUCGACCUGUGCACACGCUCCGGCCACAUCCACUCUUGCAGGUCGACCGCCAGAUCAGGGCCAAGGCGAGUCCGAUAUUUUACGGCCAGAUCAACUUUGUUUUGGAGGUCCCUGGUCGGUGCUUGGAAUUUGCCGAGUGGGCGGCGUUGCGCAGAAUAUGCGCAGCUGUCGGCGCUCAUCUCAAGCAUCUGAGGCGGCUUGAGAUUAUGUUUGCGUACCCCGCGCAUACGGGCCAGGAUGACAAUUUGGCCGUGUCUGACAACUACAUUUUCGAUCCUACGUCGGUCACCUGUGUCAAGAUUGACGAGCUUGACAUGCUAAAGCAACGAGCCCGGAUAGAAUUCGCGAUCGACCGCGAUUUUAUGGGACAGACAGCGGACAGAUUGAGACAAGCUGAGCGUGGUAUGGCUCUUGCGAUUCUGCAGUUACGAGCAGAGCACCGCUGGCUCGAGUCGGUCUUUCCUACGUCGGGGAUGAUGUUUGCUGUAUUCGAGAUCCUCUACAAAGCUGGCCUACCCCGUGGCGAGCAGAUUAUUGUACUGCAUUCUGCACUGCGCCAAGGGGUGCGGUUUCGACCGCGUCAUCGAAAUCAGAACCAUCCUUUUUCUUAUCGAUCUGAACAAAUACAUCACCGAAGGAUGGUUGGUGGCAGACAUCGUGACACUGUAUUUCCUGCUUCGGUGGAUCAACUCUUUCGUUUGUGGCGUGAGAGUAAUGCCUGA